UUCUGGUUCGCAGAUAUGGAUGCAAUCAAAGCAAUAACCUCCGAUCGCGUCACAUUCCGCAAGGAUGCUGUCUCAUAUGAACCUCUUAAUUACUAUGGCAAGAACAUUAUCAGCACGGAAAUGAGCGAAUGGAAACGACAUCGUGCUAUCGCUGCUCCAGCGUUUAGUGAGGCCAACAAUGCUUUAGUUUGGACUGAAACCCUUAGAAUAAUUACCGACUGGUUCAAUCAACUCGACGCCACCCAACGUACUGAGAAAUCUGCUUCCAAUAACGCGUUUUCAGACCUCGCUAUCGAGGUGGUAUCACCCAUGGCUACCCUCCUCAUUACCUCUGCUGCUGGGUUCGGGAGGCGAGUUUCUUGGGAAGAUGACUCCGCUGCGCCCGCUUCCGGUUAUACUCUAACUCUUCGUUCGGCUGUGAUAACUGCAGUUGAAAAUUUUUUCUUCAGAAUGCUCACUCCAGAUUGGUUUCCUGCGAUUUCGUCUAUUGUAAAAGUUCCUUUUCUUUCAGCACGCGUUCAUGCAACUCAGCAGGCCUUCGAAGAGCUGGGACGUUACAUGUUGGAACUUGUGUCGUCGGCUCGCGCAUCUGUCGUCGAAGGGAGGUCUUCAGCAUCAAGUGCUGCUCUUUUGCACAAUCUUGUUGAAGCAAACACGUCGCCUGAGGGUGGCAGCAAAUGUUUGUCUGAUGGCGAGCUUCUUUCCAAUAUAUUUAGCUUUCUCCUCGCUGGACAUGAAACGUCCGCUCACAGCUUGGGGUUUGCCAUCAGUCUACUGGCAUUGCAUCCAGAAGCGCAAAGCAAGAUGUAUGCAGAAGUGCGCAAGGUUUGGCCAGAAGGAAGUGGUACAGUUGGUUCUUCUUCAGUGAGCUUCGACUAG